AUGCCGCCGGAGCCAUUGCCAUUCGACCGGAAGGACUUUUUGAAGGAUAGGAAGCCGUCGUAUGCGGACCCUGUAGGAAUUGUUCCGCCGAGAUGGAGAGAGCCGCCUACUACUCCUUCGCAGCAUAACAUCCAUGGAUCCUCCUCGUUUUGUCGAUGGGGCGCUGGAGGUGGACCCUCUGAUUUCCGCCGACCAUUUUCCGGUCUUCAUGGUAAGCGGGUUGGUGGUGGCUGGCACAAUACAACAGUUGAAUCAGGCACCAAAGAGAAUAAUUGUAUGGCUUUUGGGAGUCUGAAAGACCCUAAAGGAGUCAACUCUUGGGAGACCACUGCAUCACCCAACGGUAACUCUCUUCCCCAUAAUGACUUUGUGAACUCGCUGGAUCAACUUCAGUCAGCUGACCAACAUGCUAAGAACAGCCAACUGGGUAACAACACUCCUCUUCGAUCCCCCUCUGAGGAUGCUUCCCCCUGUGUGACACCAAUGACUCAUGAUGAGGCCACCUCCCGCAAGAAGCAGCGCCUUGGAUGGGGGGAAGGCCUUGCCAAGUAUGAGAAAAAGAAGGUUGACCCUGAAGAUAUUCUUCUUGAUAAAGAGGCUGCAGCUAGAAAUGGUAUGGUUGAUGGUGUCAGUGGCUCUGAACCUUUGCUUACUAGUCCUUCUAGUUUGACUGAUAAAAGCCUCAGUGUCAAUGGUUAUUCAGAAUGUGCAUCUCCUACUACUCCUUACUCGUAUGCUUGCAGUUCCUCUCCAGGUCUAGAAGAAAAGGAAUCUACUAAGACAGUUACAGUGGAUAAUGGCACCUGUAAUCCUGCUUCUUGUCAUGUGUCUGAGAAUGACACAGAGGGAUUAUCAUCAAAUUUGGAGAAUUUGGAGCUCAACUUUAGCUCUGCACUUGAUAAACUGCUGCAGGCUGAUGAUUCAAGUUCUCCAGGGUCUAAAUUUGUGAAAUCUACUGCAAUGGACAAGUUACAUGUAUGGAAAGCAGAGCUGACAAGGACACUUGAAAUGACAGAAACUGAAAUUGAUUCUCUUGAGCAUGAAUUGAAGUCAUUGGUUUCAGAUGCUGCUUCUUUCCCAACAGAUUACCAGAAUAAGACUUGUGGUGGACCUUUGCCUGUGGAGAAAACUGAUAGCUCUCCAGAAGAAGUUAAUGGAGCAGAAGAUUCAGAUGACAAGAGUUCAGACACAACAUCUGAGUUUGUGGAGUCUGUUUCUAAAUGCUCUGAAGAUGUUGGUAAUGAUGAUGCUUUAGGCUUUGUAACUUCUUGUGGGGACCGCAGUAGCUCUACAGUUUCAGAUGGCGAGGAUGUAGAUAAUGGCAGAGAAGAUGAUAAGUUAUAUGAUCUCUUAUUCGCUGCAAACAAAGCUAUGGCAAAUGAAACUUCUGAUGAACUUAAUAGGAUGUUAUUGCCAACUACACACUCAUGUACCAGUAUUUUGAAAUCCACUGAUGAAUCAUUGAAUAAGACUACAAUUGCUUCGAGGAAGCGUUUUCUAAAGUUUAAGGAAAGGGUUAUCACAAGUAAGUUUCGGGUGUUACAGCAUGCAUGGAAGGAAGAUCUUCAGUUGCUUUCUGUAAAAAAAACUGGUGGCAAGUCACAGAAGAAGUUUGAAUCGAGCUCACGAAUGGGAUAUGCUGAUCAUCAGAAAUACUGUUCUUCAAUUUAUUCUCGUUUAGGUUCUCCUGGUGGGAGUGUGAGUCUGGUUCCAACCACAGAGACACUUGAUUAUGUGAAGAAGCUGCUUUCAGAUUCACGGGUGAAGGUUCAGAGGAAGACAUUAAAGAUGCCUUGUUUGAUAUUAGACAGGAGCGAACGAACGAUGACAAGAUUUGUUUCAGAUAAUGGAUUGGUGGAGGACCCUCUUGAAGUUGAAAAGGAAAGAUCCGUUGUCAGUGCCUGGACAGAAGAAGCGCAGAAAAUCUUUUUGGAAAAGUAUGCUUUGUUUGGAAAAGAUUUCAAGAAAAUCGCGUCUUUUCUGAAAAACAAAACAUGUGGUGAUUGUGUUGAGUUUUACUACAAGAACCACAAGUCUGAAUGUUUUCAGAAGAUAAAGAAGAAAUCAGCAUUUGCAAAAGGGAUGUCUUGUAUUACUAAUACGUACCUGGUGACAUCUGGGAGGCGAAUGGCUGCAGAUGCUACUUCCCUUGAGAUGCUUGGCGCUGCUUCAGAAAUGGUUGCCAGUGUGGAUGGUGAACAUAAACUGCAUUCAGAAAUGCUUUGUAAUGAACAGGAAACUGGUGCAGGUGAUGAGAGUUGUGGAGGAGAGAUGAAUCCUACUUCUUCUGAUUGGACUGAUGAAGAGAAGUCUAGUUUCUUGCAGGCAGUUAGAUCUUAUGGUAAGGAUUUUUCAAUGAUUUCAAGAUGCAUGAAAACAAGGUCGAGAGAUGAGUGCAAAGUUUUCUACAGCAAGGCACGGAAAUGUCUUGGAUUGGAUUCCAUUCACAGGAAAGCUGGUGAUGAUGAUGGUGAUGUUGAUCAUGGUCAUGGUCAUGAUGAUACAUGCAUGGUGGAUAGUGGGUCUGUUAUCUCAUGCGAUAAAUCAUCUUCAGAUGUAAAGAUGGAAGUAGAAGACCUCCUUCACUCAUCUGAUAUAAAGCAAGAAGUUCCUGAAUCUGAAUCUGAGCAGAUUGUAGUAAAUGAGGAGUCAAAACAGUUACAGGACCUUAAUUCAAGAGACAGCAGCAUCUGUAUGGAUUUAAGCAUUGAGCAGCAGCCUGUGAAUAACAAUAACACUAAGAAAAUGGAGUUGAAUGGUGUAGAAAAGUCAAAGGGUUGUCAAGAGAAUGGUUUUCUUCCAGGUGUGAGUUCACACAGGAAGAGUGUUAGCCAAGAUGAUAUUGAUACAUCAUCAAGACUCUCAUUUAGAAAAAGCAUUGGUGGUUCUCAAAGAUGUUCAAGUACUGAUGGGUAUCAUCAUCUUCCAAAACAUUCAUUAAUGGAUUGUGUUGAAUCCUCAUCCUCCCAAGUUGUUGUACAAAAAGAUGAAAAUCUGUUACCAGAGCACUGUCUGCCACGUGAUUCAUGUUUGCAAAAACAGAGUCAGAGACAGAGACAGGGUGAGGGUGAUGUGAAGCUUUUUGGUCAGAUUCUAAUAAAGCCCUCUUUAUCUUUAUCUGGAUCAAAAACAAGUACAAAUACAAAUACUAGUAGCUUGCAAGAGAAUGGUGAAAAAAGAAAAUCAUCUUUUAACUUGAAGUUUGAUAUUGAUACUAAUAAUGAUCAUGGUCUAUCAGAGGUUCCAUUGAGGAGGAGUUACGGGUUUUGGGAUGGGAACAGAAUACAAACCACCGGGUUUCCUUCUUUACCAGACCCUUCUUCCAUCUUUGGUAAUUCUUCUUCAUCUUCUUCAGUCAAGACUGGUUUUCAAACAAGACAAGUGUAUUCAUACAAAAACCAGGAGUCUUUCAAAGGGGUUUUGGUUUCGGAUCCAGUGGCAGCCAUUAGAAUGCAUUAUGCUAAAACAGAACAGUACAACAAUGGCAGUAAUAGCGGUGAUAUAGAAAAAAUUCAGAUGCGUUAUUGGUGGUGCGUCGGUAGCGUUCUCGUGGAUAAGUGGCCAGCAAUUGCGACACUUGUUCUGCAUACAUCUUCAUCUGAGACUGUUCUUUCACCAACUUUUCUUCAUGUUGCUGAAGCUUUAAAUCUGCAAUUUGGAGUUCUAGAGAUUUCUGCUUCAACUGCAUGCUAAUAUUUUUCCACUAUCACUUAUAAAUUUUAAUUCUCUUACUUUUAACUUUUAUUGUUAUAUCUUCACUUCUUUUAUUGUUAAUUUUCAUUGUUUUUUGUUGUCAGUAUAAUAUAUACAUAUACACAUGGUUAUUUUUCCCCCUAUUUUAAGUUUUAUCGUUAUUAUAUGUUGUUUUAUUACGUUAUGUAUCUGUGUUUAUU